AUGGCUGCGACAAGACCCCUUCGGCCCAAACCCCUGGACUGGUCGGGCCCCUCGCAUCUGGAUGUUUUUAUCCGCAAUCUGAAGCUAUUGCAUCUGGAUCAGCGCGAUGACUGGCCCGGUAUAUCUCUCCGCGCAUUGUCUGCGACAGCUCAGAACCAACGUCAACGCAUCCGUCUCAUAGAAUGGGCACUGUACUAUCUCUAUUCCAUUUGGGACCCAGAAGGCGCCCAAAAUAAACUCCGGCCCUUCUUCCCACCGUUAGAAUCCCUACAGUCUGUCAAUCUCCGCGCAGCCUUAUUUCGAUGCCUAGGCGAAUUAAAGAAAAAUGGAGACCUUGGAAGAGAGUUUGUGCUUCGAAAAACUAUGCUGGAUGAUUGCAAGGGCGAGAAAUUCGAGGAGCUACUCGCUGGAUUUUCGGCUGUAGUCCUUCGGAGAGUUGUGGCUGUGUCCACCGACGAGAUGGCUUGGAACCCAGCCACGAGAAUAUCAACUGCCACAUCUAUAACCCCAACAGACUAUCAGAAUCUAGUUCCACUCAUCCUUGCGCAUCAAGUUUCUCUCAGUACCGCGGGGGAACGGCAUGCGCGCGUUCGAGAUGCGUAUGAUCGGUUCGCACAGCUCCUGGACGAUAAAGGGGUCGAGUUGACCGAGCGUGCGAAUCAAGAAUCCGGCGUUAGCAAGAAUGGUGCGCAACACGGAUCCGCGAGUUUAGUACGUGAGGUCCAGACAAAUUGGCUAGCCAGUGAAGAAUGGGCCACUGCGCUACUUGAAGGCGGGUCGCAAAGCAGCACCGACGCUUUUCUGGAACUUCCCUUUUCCAAGGCGUUGGCGCAAGCAACAGAUUCCGAUGUGGAAAAUCUCCCUCAUAUGUUAAAGCCGGACCUAAUCCUUGAUUUGGAGGCUCGCGUUUUACUGCAACGGAGCCGACUGCACAAAUGGCAUGAGUAUAACAAGUCGCUCUCGAAGGAAAGAGGCACGGAUGAAACAAGCACAGCUCCGCCUAAGGAGCCACGUAUGCUCUUCCGAGAUCACCAAUCUCUCACAGUGGCCAGUAUAUCCAAAUCAGUUCGCCAACCUGGCGAUCGUGGUCGGAUGUUGAAGGGAGCAGAUAAAUAUCUCCUAUCAUCUGUAAACGAGGCUCUCGCCCGUAUCAACGGCAAGUCUCGUUCAAAGACCGGGGCAUCCCUUGCCGAUGUGAGAACGAACAAUUACCUCCGAUAUGAAGAUUCAGUGGAGGCCGUUAGCUCCCCAUCAAUAGUGGCAGAAGAAUAUCACCACACCCGCAGCCCACCACCAGAGCUGGAACCAGCAUCAGAGUGCAUCCAGCCUUCCCCUCCAAUUGUUCGCUUCUUCCCAGACAUCCCCUCAUCAGAAGAUGAACCAGACCCCGAACCCAUCAAACGCUCCCAUACCCUAGUCGAGCGCACGCGCAGAUCAAUGUCCCUCCUCCAACCCGUGCCCCACGAAGCCCCACGUCCACGUCGCCGACCCCGUCCAUCCUACCCAGUGAACCAAUUCGUGACGCCGCGUAAGGCUUCGGGUCAAUCAGCUCGCUCGAUUGGAGAGCGCUCGCGCGCUUCAACGCCGCAGGAUAAGCUCUUUGAGGAAGAUGCUGAGUAUGAUAGUGUCUUCAAAUCACGGCCACGCGUGGCGCUUAGUCCCAUUUCCUCGCCGGCUGUGCAUGUGAGUCCCUCAUUUGAAGAUGAGAGUUUUGCAUUGGAUUACGAGGAUGAGAGUGAGGGUGGGGAAUGGGGGGAGAUCGAUUCCCCUUUGGCUGCUCCACGGUUGAGGGCUUAG